UCAUCCGUGUCUCACGUGCACACUUUUGUGGCUUUUAUAUAUACAGUCUAUGGGCUUGACUCAUUAGAGUCUCCUUGCACAUCCGUAAACUCUGCAGCAUUUAGUGCAGUGGCGACUCUCAGCCGUGUUGAUCACCUCUUCCUCAUAAUAAUGAUACCCCGGACGUAUGUCUGUAAACGGAACUGAGCUAUCAGCGGAGGAGCUCGAUAGAGUCAGCUGUCGUGUUUUAGGUCAAUUAAACCUCCAUAGCGGUCACAUCCAGAGGAAACUGAGUCAGAUCUUCAGAGACUGAAACGAGGAGGAAGUUUGAAAGAUGGACAACGAAGACAGUCCCAUCGCCAGGGUGGAAAGGACUCUCUGGACAGUCUGGAACUAUAUAACUGGGGCUGUGAACAGAUUCCUCAGGCCAGACCCCGCUGACAUCUCCAACAACGACCCAAACUCCAUCAAUGAAUCUGCUGUUGACAGGGAGUCCGCUCACUUUGGUCACACAGAUAUUGAAAAGGGGGUCGAUGAGGAACAGUCUCUUCCCUCAGCCUCUCUGCUAAGCUCAUCCCGACCACUUGUUGCCUGGGAUCAUUGCACCACAAACAUCGACCUUAAGCCUGAUGAAGAAAGCAUGCAGUACAAAACUCAGUCCAGCAGAGGCAGCGAGAGCAAUGACUCUGAAGAAGGUCAGGGCACGAGAGAGGAACAAUUAGAACAAAAAGGAAAUGACAAUGCAAGGCUGCAGGGCACAAAAGAAGACGAACAAGAAAAAGACGAAGAUCAGAAAUUGCACACUCGUGGACAAGAUGAGACGCCGGAGAAUAGAGAGGAUGUAGAUGAUGCAAUCACCCAGUCAUUAAGACAUACAGGUGAUUCAAUGAGUGAAGACAUGGAGGACAAUGAAAUAAAAACUGGUGAUGAAGAAGAGGAGCAUGGAGAUGAAGACGGUGAGGUAAACUUAAUCCCAAUCACAGAUUUCAGUCUAGAUAAAAUUGACAUAGAGGAGGCUAAGCUACAGAGGAAUGAGGCAGAUAGAGAGGCAACGCCUGAGGAAGUAGAAAACAAAGAUGGUGCGCCACAGCUGGCCUCUGAAAAUGAGAACAAGUCUGAUGAGAGAGCAAAACAAGUCUGUGAAGAGUUCUCAGACGAUGACACAGAUUUCAAGGAAGACCCAGGCUUCUCUUCACUUCAGGUUUGAACUCCAAAGAAACCAAAUAAAGAUGGCAUCCUGCCUGAGAAAGAGAUUAAUGUCGUGGAGCAAGAGCAUGCUAUGGCUGAUAGAAGGGAAAGUGAUAAAGCUGAGGAGGAGGUGGACGAGGUGGAGGAGGAAGAAGAGGAGGAGGAGGAGGAGGUGGAGGAGGAGGAAGAAGAAGAGGAGGAAGAAGAAGAAGAGGAGGAGGAGGUGUUGGAGGAGCAAAAGAGGACAUUGGAUGAGGGGGAUGUCAAGGAAGAAAGUGUGAGUGAGGCUACAAACAACCAGACAAUAGAUGAAGCAUCGGAGGAGGAAGACAACAUCAAAACAGAUACGGAAGACCGUCAAGGAGCAGAUAUAUUAGCUGAAUAUGUUACAUGCAGCGAAGAAGAUGAGCAGAAUGAUAAAACAGAGCUACAAGCAGCUGAAUUCACAUAUAGAGAACCGGAGGAUGAGGCAAAGGAUACUGAAGUGCAAACCAAAACAAAAGAGACAGAAAGCCAUGUGGUCGAUGAAAACUCUGAUGUCACAACAACACACUUUUCAGUAGAUUUUGAUAAAGGUCAAGUAGAGGAGGAGAGGCUCUCCAGUGAAGUAGUCCACGAGGAAAGCUACAUGGAAAUAGCAUGUACAACCACCUCAGUUACGGUAAGACCUGAAGGCGAGACUGGAGAGGAAAUGAGCGGAGAGUGUAAGGAUAUUCCUCUGGGGAUAUGUGAAGGCCAGCUUGUUGUGUCGCAGGAGCUAAACUCUCCAACACGUGAGGAAACACAAGAGGGAGUUCCUGACUACAACAAUAAGCCAGAUGAAAACACAACACAAAGGUUCCUGGAAGAAGGGGAUUGCGAGGAAAUCCUGGGGAGCCAAUUACCAGAAGAGGUGGAGGGCAAAGAGUCGGAGAGCCUUCAAAACAGUGGCUCCAGCACCGGGGCUGACUACUUACUGGAGAGGGAGCGAAGGGAAGAAGGAGAAGAAAGCACGAGAGACGUUGAGAACAGCUUUGACGACAGGCUAUCAGAAGAUACGGAGAAACAACUUCUCGAAGCAGCGAUUCAAGAGUCAGGACAUUUCUUUGAAGAAGAGGAAAAGGAAUUACUGUUGGUCUCAAUGAAGUCGAGGAUCGUACACUCAGAAAAGGAGCUUGAGUCCCACAUCAGCCUAACAGACGAGAAGACAGAAGAGACACAAGAUGGGACUGAAGAUCUUUUGGUUGAAUUUGACAUAGAAAAAGGGUCAUUUGAUUACAAAUUAUCUGAUCAAGUAGGCAGUGAGGCGAGAGAAGCUGUCCCAGCAGAGGAAGUGGCCUGGUCCACUGAUGAAACUUUCCUCAAGUCUGAAAUAGAGACAAGCUUCUUCCAGGAAUCUGUAGAUGCCGGAAACUCGAAGCAAAACAAAAACAUGACUCCUGGUUUUUUAGAUAACGUGACUGACUUUGAAUUCUUAAAACAGUCAGAAGAUAUUGGGCAUAAAAUACUUGUAGAAAUGCAUGAUGCAGGGAUAGAUGUGGAAGAAAUGGGUUAUGGAAUCGAACAAGAGGCGGAAGAAGAUGUAAUGCAGAACAAUAGUGAGUUGGAGAUUUUACAUCAGAAGGUAGAGGGGAUUGCAGAAUCUGAAUUGGAGGUGAGAAAUCAGCUAUCAGAUGAACUUAAGAUAACAAAGGAAGAGAUGUUGACUCAAGAGGCCGGGGAAUCAAAGACAGCUGAGUCUAAACCAAAAGAUAUGAGUGUGUUGUCAACAGAAGAAGUGGCUGAGCAUGAGACAGAAUCAGAAGGAUAUGAUGAAGAAACAGUCUGCUCAACGAGUGGACGUCAGGAUGUGAUCGAUAGUGCUUUGUCAGAGGACACAGAAGGCAUAAAACAACAAGACGAACCAGAGCCCAGACGUCAAAUUGAGCCGUCCAAUGAGGAACAACAUGACAUAUCAUCAGUUCAGACAGAGAAUGAUAAAGGGCAGCUUGUGGCGUCAAAUUUAAAGGAAUCUGAAUUAGUGAGUGAUACAGAAACGUCUUCAUCAACAGUAGAGUCUGGAUUUUUAGAUCAGUCUCUCAGUGAAGGGGGGGAAACUCAGCUGCUGAAAUCAAUUAGUGCUGGGUCAUUUCAGGGCAUAUACGACAUGUUGGUUAAUCUGUCAGAAUCAGCAGACUUCGCUGAAUUGUCAACACAACAACUUGACUCUCAGGAGAUAUUGAUGGAGGAAACAGCUGAGAUAGGGCGAUCAUAUCUGAAAGAAGAGAAAUCAAUCACUGAGAUAGGAUUUCAGCCGGAUGCAGGUGUCCCGUCACCAGACGCUGGACAUCCAUAUCAGGAGUCCGAUAAAGCACGAGAAAAAUCAGAUGAUGAUAGAGCUAUAUCAGGGGAGGCUGAAACGGUAUCACGGACAGACAUUGAGGCUGAGGUAACUGACUGGAAAGACACAAAAGAGGCAGACCCUCUAUUCAAAGAGGAGAAACCAGAAAGUGAAGAUGAGCCUCUUCAGAGAUCUGUCUCUCCAGAUGAAAUUAAACAUAUUGAACCCGGACGAUCCCGAAGUGGCUCAGAGGCUUCUUCUUCAGGGGAGGAAAUAGUUAUGACAGAAUCUGGCUCACAAGGCGACACUGAACCACCACUUCGAUGGUCAGAGGUUGAAGCUGAAUCAUUACCUAGGCCAAAUGAAGUGGAGGUGGAGGAUCAGCUGAUGGCAGAGUAUGCAGAUCUGUUGGAGGUGGACUCCGCUGCGCUUGACUUUACUGUGCAAAGGUCAAGAAUUGCUGUUAAAGACCCUCGCGUAAGGCCGCCCAAAGACCCCCGCUCCCUCCUGCAGAUGCCCUCAGUGGAUCCCACACCGUCUCCACGUCUGCCAGCCAAAGUACCUGCAGGAGUGCCUUUAGGAGGCAUGGGCAUGGGAAUAAAACUGCCUGGGUUUGGGGCAGGGUUUCCUGUUUUGAAAAAGACACAACGGGUGGAGAGGGAUGAAAAUAGCCCAGACACCGUCUCUCAGGAGCCGGAGGAGAAGAGUGACACUCCCAAACAAGAUGAGGCACAACAGAAACCUAAAUGGAUGCCACCAAGACAUCCGGGAUUCGGAAACCCACUGAUGUCCGAGCUGAAGACCAAACUGAAAAAAACCACGAAAGAAUGACAUGUGGAUGAAUUGUAAUGCUUUAUAUGAAUGUUUGGAUAUAAUAUACAAAUUGCUUUAUUUUGUAUAUAUUUAUGAAACUCAAUACAGUGAUGAAAUGUUCAUCACAUUCAUUAUGUGCCUUAUUUUUUGUAUGUUUUGUAAUAAAG